AUGCUGCAUCUACAUCGUCUACAACGUCGUCUGUGCGUGAACUCGUGCCCAUUCACAUCACGUCAUAAGUCCAAUCAGACGUUCAUCACGACUCCUAUUUUCUAUGUGAACGCUGCUCCGCAUAUUGGCCACGUGCACUCGGCCGUGCUGGCCGACGCCCUCGCUCGCUGGCAUCAAGUGAAAAAGCGCGACGUGUUGUUUACCACAGGCACAGACGAGCACGGACUGAAGAUUCAAGAGGCAGCUGAAAGUCGGGGCAUGACAGAUUAUAAGGCCUUUUGUGACGACGUCUCGUCACGUUUUGUCGAGGUGUUUCAAAACGCGAAUAUUGACUACUCACGCUUUAUCCGGACGAGUGACACGGACCAUAGGGCAGCAGUUGAGGUUUUUUGGCAGAGGAUUCGCGAUAAUGGGUACAUUUAUCUAGGGCACCACGAGUCGUGGUACUGCAAGUCAGACGAGAGUUUCUUGACCGACAUGCAAGUGGAGGACAAGAUGGAUGCAAAUGGUGAGGGUUUUAUGAAAGUCUCCAAGGAAAGUGGACAUGCUGUCGAGCGGUUGUGUGAAGAGAACUACAAAUUCAAACUCUCGGCUUUCCAGGAUCGACUCUUGCAGUGGUUAGAGGAGAACCCAGAGGUGAUCGUACCGAAGGCUAGAUACAAUGAAGUGCGAGCUGCUGUCAGAGGAGGCUUGCGGGACUUGUCGGUCUCGCGGUUGAGGGAGAAGAUUAAGUGGGCGAUCCAAGUCCCAGAUGACGACAAGCACAGUGUCUAUGUGUGGUUGGAUGCGUUAACAAACUAUUUGACGAGUGCUGGGUAUCCUGGCAAUGUCGAUCAUGCGUGGCCUGCAGAUUACCAUAUCGUAGGGAAGGAUAUUCUCAAGUUCCAUGCCAUCUACUGGCCAGCAUUUCUCAUGGCAGCAGGACUUCCACUGCCGAAAAAAGUCGUGGCACAUGCACACUGGACAGUUGGAAACAUCAAAAUGUCGAAAAGUCUUGGUAACGUGGUGGAUCCACAUGACUUGCUGUCGAAAUACGGAUCCGAUUUUGUCCGGUUCUUUCUAUUGCGUGAAGGAGUGCUCACGAGCGAUGGCGACUUUAACGCUGAAGCUCUCGUGGACCGCGUGAAUAGCGAGCUGGCCGACACACUUGGGAAUUUGGUCUCGCGCAGCACUGGUAUUGCAGUACUUGAAAACGGUAUCGUGCCAAAACGUCCUCAGCCUGACCGUCUGGUCGCAGAGGAUAAGGAAUUGGUGGCAAAGGGGCAGGCUCUUGCUUCCAAGGUCGGAAAGCUUUUCGAUGCGCCUGAUUUCGCGCGCGCUUUGGAAGAAAUCGUGCUUUUCCUGCACGACGUUAAUCGAUAUUUUACCAUCAUGGAACCUUGGGUUCUGUCAAAAGCCGUACGAAAUUCUGAGGAUGUGGGGUCUGCAGAAUACAAAGCGACGAAAGAGCGACUGGACACUGUGUUGUACCUUGCUAUCGAUGCAUCGCGCAUGAGUGCAAUUUUGCUGCAACCUGUCGUACCGAUUGCGACAAAAAAGAUUUUAGACUACCUAGUGGUGCCAGAAGACAAGCGCUUUUUGGCCGAAGCAACGCUCCUCUGUGAUGACGAUCGAGUUAUGGGUGAUGUGCUUGACAACGCCAAGUCAUUUGUAGCGUUCCGUAAAAUCGACAAGCAGCGAGGGACGUCUUCGAUCUGA